AUGGCUCUCAGUUUUAUCGGGAAACCGAUAUCUCUUAUUUCUCAUUCGGAUGUUCGCUACAGAGGAAUUCUGGCGGGCAUUGACCCGCAGGCAUCUACUAUUCAGCUCUCAAAUGUGUACUCUAUGGGAACUGAAGGACGGCGGCCUCCGAAUCAAUUCAUUGCCCCAGUUCAGGAUCCAUAUGCCUACAUCAUCUUCCGUGCUUCGGAAGUGAAGGAUCUUUCGGUGGACGAACCCUCUGCUGCUGCUGCUGCGCCCCCGCAGCACAACGUCCAUGACGAUCCCGCUGUUCUUGGGGCUGGCGGACCUGCUCCCAAACCUUACGCUCCUUACCCCAACCCCCAACUCCCUGCCAAUGGCGCACCGUCUCAACAACCUCAACCCCCUUACAAUGCCUCUCAACAGGGUCAACCUGCCCUCGCCCCUGUCCCUCAACAGAACCAACCCGCGCCCACCCAAACCGGACAGGCCCCCACAUCCCGCCCCGCCCAACAGAAUGCCAACACCCGCCGCCCCAACCCCGUACACACCGCUGCCGCCUCCCUGGAGACGGUCGAGCGCGCGCUGGGCGAUUUACGUGUAAGCGGUGGAGGCGCUCCGAACCAUAGCGCACCCCGUGGUGGCCGCCGUGGCGGUCAGCGUGCUGGUGGUGGAGGGCGCAUCGAGGGUGAGCUCAAGGUUCCUAAGACGGACUUCGACUUCCAGAGCAGCAACGCCAAGUUCGAGAAGCCCGCCCACUCCCCCGCUGGUACCAAGGCAAACACAGAAGAUGGCAAUGCUGAUGGAAGCGAGGCAGACGCCGGCGACAAAGCUCCAGAGAAGGAGGAACCGGCGUACAACCCGCAGAAGUCAUUCUUCGACUCGCUGUCGUCGUCUUCGGCCGGACCUGCAUCGGGGCCUGGUGGGCAAGGGCACCGCGGUGGAGGUGGAGGCAGGCGAGGUGGACCCGGUUCCGGUCGUAACAGGAGAGAGGAAGAGCGAGAGAAGAAUGUUGCUACGUUUGGCGAGCCCGGUGGUGUAGGCUUGCUUGGUCCCGGCAGCUACGUUGGCGGGUGGGGAGGAUAUGGUAGGCGAGGUGGCAGGCCUCGCCGAGGCGGAGGCGGAGGCGGUGGUCGCGGAGGAGCUAACGGACAAUCCGCAGUGCAAGCUCGUGUAUAA